CUCACCGGGAUCUUCGCCUGCCACCCUGCCACCCCGAGCCUUCUUGCAUUUCAGCAUUCCCUCUGGCGAUCCUUCCCACAAUGAAGGCACCCCCCUCUGCUCCCGCCCCCUCGUCGGGCACGUCCUCUGGAUGGCUUGUGGGCUCGCGCUCUACCAAGUAUGAGGAGCUCGCCCAUGACUCGACGGUAGGCCCGACCGGUCCCAAGGGGCCCACCCAGCCCACUCCUCACUCGCGGAUCCUGGCCUUUCGCCGAGAGCUGGCCCGCAUCCUGGGCGACUUCCUGGUGGCAAUCGUCGUCCUGGCCGGAGUGCAUGUGGCUCUCAGCCGGUCAGAGGUGUCGGCCACCCUUCCCGUGGAUCAGUCUCCGGCCUGGACCGUGGGACUCGGGGGGGCCGCGGUCGGCCUUUUGGGGGCUGCCAGUCUGGCUGGCUGCUUGCAUCUUACAUCUUACGAGAAGAUGCUCUACUUCGUCAAGAAGGCCUCCACCAUUGUCUCCUUCUUCCUGACCAUGAGCUACUUCAUCUACUUCAUGUCCACCGUGCGCGAGCUGUCCCUUUUGGCGCGGACUUUCUGCCAUGGGUUCCAAAUUGCCACGGCCAUCAUCUCGCACAUCCGCCUGCAGGAUAUGCCCGAUCUGGGACUGGUUCCCAUGACCGGACGCGGGGUAGUCGACGAGGAUUCCGAGGACCGCUUCCCCAGCGCCUGCUCCUAUGAUCAGGAAUUCUCCGAGGAGUACCUGCGCACCAUUUUCCACAAGCGCCGCCCGCGGCCCACGCCCAACAUCGAGCGGCUGCUGAACAUCUAGGCCAAACGGAGGCGUGGGCAUGUAUGUGCUUGGCAGGCGCCCGUAUGCAUGCACGUGCGUGAUCAUAGCCACAACCAGUAGUGUACACACACACAUACACAUCUGCCUGUGCUUGUGUGGGGCCUUGAGCAUGCUAGGUGCGAUCAGGGGGAAAGGAAC